AUGGGCGGCUUGUAUGUGACGCUGGUUCGCGCUUCGCAAAUGGUGCAAGCGAGUGAUAAUAGGCUGGAGGAGCUUUGUAUGAGCGCGAAUGUCGUGGACGAGGCGCAUUUUGCUUUUGUGUAUGCUGCCACGGAUCCAGCGUCGAACCGCGUCGCGGAAACACUGGUGGCACACCGUACAUCCAUUCCGAGUAUAAGGUCCGAGUUGCUGGACGAAGUAAGUAUCGAGUACGUCGGCAAGCCUGCCGAGAACGUGCUCUUGCAUCAAUGGAAAGCUGUGAUGCGCGAGUGCUCGGACUUGGACGUGCAUGCCGCGGCCUCGAUCGACGCUUUUGUAGUUCCGUGGAUUGAGCGUGGUAGCGCUUCACACAUUGCUGUUGUCGCGAGUGCGAGUGUGGUGGAUAAAAUCACGCACUCCCUGUUGCUUCUGCGCAGUGCGCCGCUCAGCAUCGUAUGCGAUAUGCAACAGCGUCGCGCUCGCUCUGUUACGCUUGCAGCAGGUCCUGUUCUCCAGCUUAUGGUUAAAAAAGCUGGUCUGCAAGGUACUCAGGCCUUGUACGACACAUACAUCCUAAAGAAUGAUGGCGCGAGAUUAAGCAAGGCUACUGCAGAGUCAGUACAGGAUGUACUGCCUGACGCACGCAUUUCCCCACAACCAUCGAUUACGUUCAGCCCAUCGAAAGCGCAUAUCGAAGGUAAAGCUUCGCCAUGGUAUCAUCUGCGCACAUCUCCAAGUCCGAACCGCGCGAAGCAAGGCGCGGGAAUCUCAUUGCCUGGGUUUGCGGGCGGCACUUCCUUGUCUUUGCCGCUAGGCGCACGGGCGCAUGCUUCAGGCGUGCCGCAACCGCCACGGAACAUGCAUUUGUACGACACAUCCGUGAUGCUACGUUCCAUAGAAAAGUGGGAUCCUGUACGUGGCGUGGGCGACGCAAUGGAUAUUGGGGAGGCUGUUUCGCCCCCGUUGGGCACACAGUCGCGUGCUUUGGACACGACUGAAACCCGCUCAGGCAGCCGCACGUACUCUUUUGGAGGUGGCUCGCGACUGCACCUGCCUGGACCGAUCAUUAGCCUCCGCACGAGCGGCGCAGAUACGCAGUCAUCCAGCGGUGCGGUCACUUCGCCUGUACUGGCUCACAAAGGCAGCGCUGCCAGUGUGUAUUCCAUGUCUAGUACGGCACCAUCGGCCAGCGCCUCGCAGAAUACGUUGAGCAACGUGAGUGCAUUCGCUCAAAGUCUCUUUUCACACACCUCCCUGCUUCAAGGCACACAGUGCAGCACACAGGACAUGUCUAGCGAAGGCCCGCCCGACACUCUGUGGCAGGGCAUCUGUUUGCGCCUGUUCCCGUUGUUUAACGGUGAGCCGGUCGGCAUGCCGAUCGAAGUGGUCAACGAGUGGGCGGAGCUCUAUGUGCGCCAGCUAAUGGUGUCGCAAGGGCCCGCCACUCCCUACGUCCUCGAGGAAACAUGGGCAAAAUUCUGCCGAACAAGCACGCUCGGCAUCAAUGCAAGGCUUCAUCAUCUCGAGGGACUCGCGCUGCUACAAGGUGUCGUCGGCGCUUGGCGGAUGUACUAUGAGACCAUUAUUCCUUUCCUACACGCCGCAAUCUUCCCGUUGGAGUCGUGCGUGCGGUACAUGGCAGAUACAAUGGAGAGGUCCAUGCUACGCACAGAUGCAGGCCCACACGGUGCGAAAGAGCGCGUAUCGGCGCGGAGGCAUGCGGGGGAGGACGAGAUGCAUUGGGAGCAUGGGUCGCCUGUGCUCAGCGAUAUCGCCACCAGCUCAUCCGCAUCGAUAGAGGAUGUGCCGGAAAUGGAGCUUCCCUUGCCUUCAGCGAUAAACGUACCGCGCCUAGAUAUCCAGCGCGCACUGCUUCUCUCGUUCCGCGACCGCGUUCUUCUCCCGAUCAGCCGGUGGCUUCUCGCCGCUAUUGCGCAUAUCGACGAACUCGCACGGUUUUCACCGCCGUUUGUGAGUCCACGACAUGGGCCACAAGCGGACCAAAUCGAGGUACGGCCCAAGGAACUCCGGCCGUACCUCUUGCAGCUCACUGGUGUCCUCGUUGGCUUGCACACCGAUGACAAUGCACAGGAGCGCGUGGAACAUUUGCGGAACAGGCUGCUUUCGUCAUUAACAUCCGACGCGCCUUUGCCACUUUCGCCCAAACUUAGUCCCUCUCACACGCCGGAUCGAUACCAUUUCCUAAAAGUGACCCCCUCGGAGUUGCACAUCUAG